AUGUUCUUCUUCUUCACCUGCGGAACACACACAUUCACCUCUCCACUCAAAGGCGCAGAGGGUAUCCAAGUGCAAUGCCAAAACUGCGGCAACGGCAGGACGGCCGUCAUGAAGCGCUGGGAGUGGUUUACAUUCUGCUUCAUACCCGUCAUUCCGUUUUCGCUCAAACCGUACAAGGAAGUUGGAUGCUCUACUUGUAACUUUUGGCAGGACAUCAAGUAUCGGCCGGAUGUGCUGCAGGAGAUGGACCGACGGCAGCACCAGGGGCAGGGGGGACCGCCGAUUAUGAUGGGUGGGCAGGGACCGCCUCCACCGCAUGGUGUACCUCAGGGCGUGCCGCAGUAUAAGUAA